AUGGAUGUGAAAGAACCUGCAGAAUACGAACCCUUUAUUGGCCUUGCACAAAAUACUAGAGAAAGUUGCCACCAAUCAGCUAAUGUCCUCUUUGGAGUCAGACUUUUGGCUGAGUGUCAGCAUGAAUUUCGCCAAAAGCUUUCUACGGAAACUGCUCUUCUGAAAGUAACCAAUAAAAUGUAUGGUAACACUGACAGUAAGAAAGUGUCACUUCUUUUACUUCUAGAAGUUUCUAAACCUUUCAUCAGUGCAUGCCGCGGUGAGAAACUGGACGCAGGCACGACCCUCAAGCAGGACGAGAUCGACGCCGGCUCCCAGGCCUAUUAUAAGAUCCCCAACGCGGCCGACUUCCUGGAGUGCUGGUCCACUAUACCUGGUUACUUCUCUUGGCGCAACACAACCAAUGGUUCGUGGUUCAUUCAGUCGCUGGUGGAAGUGCUGACCCGAGACAGUGCGCAUGACGACUUACUCUCCAUGAUGACCAGUGUGAACCGUAACAUGAUUCUGAACUACCCAAGUAAGGGGCAUGGAAAUAGCGUCCUUCCAGUCUUGGCUCACGGGCAAUACAUUCCACACUCAUUUAUCAAUGGAAAUAAUGCAAAUUCCUAG